CAUGCGCGUGUCCUUUCCCUUCUUCUUGGUGUCUGAGUGGAAGCAAGAAAAAGGGGAGCCUGGUUUUGGGGGGACGUGAUUUUGGGGGGUUCCCCCAUUGUUAUACCCCUCCUCUUCCUCCUCCUCGGACUCCCCAAAGCCAUGGAAGGACCCCAGAGAGAGGGCAGCCCAGCUCUUCCUAUUGCGACAACACCACCACUUGCUGGACAGAAGGAAGAACUAUUAAGCCAAAGCAGCAGUGGGACCCAGAUUUCUAAUGCCAGCGGUGUCUCUUUGGGAGAAGUGAUACGACGUAGAUCUGCUACUAACUGGGAGAUGGAAGAAUGGUACCAGCCUUGUACAGAAGUGGAUGCCAGUAAUCUAAUAGUGGCCAUAGGAUGGAAGAUGAGCCAGACCCCUGGAGCUUGUGACUUGACAGAGUUCACAACUAUGGAGGAAGGUUUUGUUACUCCUGCAGAGACUUUUGGGAGGCAGCAAGCACCUAAUGUGACACACAGUCCAAUCCUAGAAAUUCAGGACAGUUGCCUCUCUCCCAAACUCCCACUGCUGACGACAUACGCAACUCAAGGCCAAACCUUCUUCAACGAGACAGUCUUCCAGCCAGCAGAAGUGGACUUUGCUGCUUUGAGAGGGACUCCAGAUGUUUCUCGUACUGCUUCUGAAGAGGCUUCCAGCCAUUUGCAGAUGAGAGAGGCUGUGCGGCUGGCAACUAUGGAAGUUGGCUCAGAGUCUUCCAGUGAUUGCCUUCCUCUGUCUCAGCACUCACUGGCUAUCAGCACCAUGGCACCUAGCAAUACCAGUCUUGGUAGCUAUCUGUCCCAGCAUCCUCUUUCUCUUUCUGCAUGUAUGCUUACAGAACAGAGGAAUUGUAAUGAAGAAGAAACACCUCAGCUCAGUAUGUGUGGUAAAACCUUUGGCUCCAAGGAUGGGAUUUCUGGAGUCCUAUCGUCACAAAAUUUGCCAAACCAGCAGAUGGCAACUCCACUAGAAUCUUGGGGAGCUUUUUCAGGCCAAGAUCUUUUCCUUUUGGACAGCAAUGUGCCAGCCCCUCUCCUGCUUGAAAUUCUGGAAGAAGAGGUGGGGUUAUCCAAGCAGUAUGGAUUCUUAUCUUCUGAGAGUUCUUCUGGUAAAAGUGUUUUAGGAAAGGAUGCAGAAGAAAAUGAAACAAGUCAGCAAAUGGAGGAUGUAGUUUUGGUAGAAAGACAUCCGGAAACAUUUGUAGAACCACAUCAGCAAGAAGUAGGAAACAUUUCUGAGCUUGACCCAUUAAAAGUAUUUUCUGAUUCAGAAAGAAAGCUUGGAAAUGCCAGUGAUGCAGCAAACACUUCACAGGCAUUGGCUUCCUUUGGGGGGCAGAGAGUGAGUUUGGGUGACUCAUGCAGUAAUACUGGGGUACCUUCAAGACCUUUGCAGAAUAAGGUGCAGGUGCAGCAUGUCUCUGAAGUUGUAUUUGAAGAACAAAAAAGAAAGCUUGUUUCAGCUGUAACUGACUGUAGACGUAAUGUACCUCUCCAACCAGCCACUAUGGCUGCAGAGCAUGGCAAUACAGGGAGCAAGCAGGUAAAUUCUGUGGUGGAAACCCAGAUGGGAGCAAGCAAGAAUGAACUAACACUCUCAGAUUUCAUCAUAGAGAGAGAGCAUAAGGAUAGUGGAAUUUCACCUUCCUUUAAUGAGGGAUCAUUUUUUGGACAUCUGGCUCAUCCAGUUCAUCAUUCUACCCCAGGACUUUUUACAACUCGAAACCUGAGGCAAGAGGCUUCUGGUAUGACCAUCCCAGCCAAGUCUGUUCUCCAGUCCCCUCUUUCUUGCUUACGUGAAGAGACAUCUAAGAAUUCUUCUGGUGAAGCUUGCAUUCCUUCUGUGGAAGAACCUCGAGUGCCUUCUGGCGAUGACACUGGUGUACCUUCUGCUGAAGAGCCUCUUACAUUCCAAAGUGACCAAGAAGCAAAAAAUGAAAGUAGUGGACAUCUUAGAGUUUUACGUCCUCUUAAAGGCAGGAUUCAGUCUCUGCCUUCUCUUAAUUUCAUGGAGAAGGUAGGGGCAUGGAACACGAGUCAGUCAGCAGAGAGGAUGCCUAAUGCUUUGGCAUUAGAUGGUUCAAGUGGCAUCUCACCUAAGCAGAAGUCUUACAGUGUCAUUGCAGACUCCUUAAACAGCAUCUUGUUGAAGCAUCAAAACCAGUUUGAUCUCAAGCCAGGGUUGGUGACACCAUUCUGUGGACCAAAGUCCAUGACCAAUCUGCGUUCUUAUGACAAAAAAUCACCUCACGCUUUACCACUUACUAGGUCCCAGUCUGAAAACUCUGUGAUGGCAAUCAGCAGAGAAAUGUCAAAGACUGAAGUAGGUCAUGAAAAAAUCCAGGAUUAUAAUCUUCAACCAGCAGAAGACAAGGGCCAUGCAUCAGGAGAUUCUGAGGUUAAGCAAAGUGAGGCUUGCAGAGAUGAUGCCAAAGAGCCUCUUAUCCAGCAUCAUACAGCCGUUUUAGUCUCCACUGUAUCCAGUGAUGAAGAAAGAAUUGAACAUGUUGGAAGUGGCAAGAGCUCAAAUCCAGAUAAUUUUAUUACUAGUGAACGAGUCGCUGAACUCCUUAGAGAAGAAACUGGUUCUCUUAGUGGUUGCCAGGAAAAGUCUGGUGGCUCUCCAGAUAAUACUAGAGAGUUGUCAGGCACUCACCGUUGUAACAACCAGAUUAGUAUGGACUGUUUUAGAGAUGUUUCACCAGAUAGCUUAAAUCAGCUAACAAGUUCUGGGGGAGGUAGUUGUAUUGACUUGAGACUUUCCUCAGGACAAUCUUCAAGACGAUCCUCAGCUGUUUCUGGGAAGCUGCAAAGCAGUUUCAAAGAUGUAUUGCAGACUUCAGAUCACAGAGAAAUGAAUAUAGAAGAGAGGAUACCGGUAUACCUCCAUAACCUUGGCAUCGAUCAGUCACCUUCAUCGAUACUGACUCCAUUCGUGCCUCGAGGGCCAAUCAGAGAAAUUGAACUGUCUCCAACUGAGCUCAGAACACUGAAAGCAUCUACUGAUUUGUCAACACAGUGUGGGCAGCUGUCAGAAGGAGACCCUCACUCUGUUAUAGAUGCAAUACAGUCAAGCUUUAACUCUUCCAUUUUUAGCGGGCCAGUUCCAGCAGGAUCACAUACUGGCUCUGAUAGUCCACUGCCCACAGAGCUUCCCUCACAGCCUUCUGGAGACUUGCUUGGUCAGAGCAGGACUGUCUGCCGUCAGUUACAGCUUUGUGCUCCCCCACAGCCACUGUCAGGGGACACAUCUAAAUCCCCAGCUGCUUUGCCGUCAGCAGAACUGAGCCAAGUAAUCCCAGAAGUUCCUUCUGAUUCUCAUUCUGAAGAGGAGAGGGCCCCAGAAUGUGUAAAGUCACUGGCAGACAUAAAUGAUCCAAAGGAGCUCGGAGUAAGUAAAGAGAAACCAUUUUGUGGCUCUGUGGCUCAAGAAAAUGCUGAAAAGGGUAUGACUGGAGAAACUACUUCUUUGUGUGUAGAUUCUGAAGGAGAAAGAGAUUAUUCUUUCAUAGGAUCAGAAACACUGAAGGAAAUUGAGAAGCUUCUGGCAGAAUCAGAAAGUAGAACUUCAGGCAGAAACUUUAACACCAGCUCCUUCGUCUCCUCCUCCACAGAACUGGGCAGCUCAUUGAAACAAAUGAAAGACAUGGAUGCUUCUGUAGGUUCUGGACCAGUCAAGGGAAGUUAUCCAGGGAUUCAGAGGAUGUGGUCAUGGGAUGAGACACUCAACGGGCAAAAUGUUCAAGAAGACAAUACACGUGCCAAAACCCUUAGUCUCUCUGGUCGCUUAAAAUGGGAAGGUUUUCGUGCUGUGGAUAUUGGCAGCCAGAAGCAAGUUGUACCAGAAAAGUUGAAGCCGACAUGUGAAGCAGUUGCUGAAGAGAACAAGGGAGUGAAGCCCAUCACACGCUCUGAGCCAGAAGGUUGCAAUAGUGUAGUGGUAAAUAAAAGUCUGCCUGUUUCUGGAAAUAGUGCUGCAAAGAGCAACUUGAGUAACCCCAGAGAUCUCAAAGAAUUUCAGGCUACUUCUAGUGUAAAGCCCUCCAACACUCUGGAAAACGUUCAACAAGUUUUGGAGAAAACCAAAGGAGGUAGCAAUAAAGAGAUGAGUAGUAGUCACAGCAGCAGCGUGGACUCACUGGGUAUGAAAGUGAAAACCCUUCUGCGAUAUGAACCUCCUGUUCUGCACUCAACACGGUGGUUAGAUGAGCAGGCAUGUGGUGAAAGUGCUCAGAAGCAAGGCUCAGUUGGAGCCAGUUUAGCUGGCAGUAAAGGGGCCCCCAGUGCCAGUCAGAGCAACCACAGCAGCAGUCUGGACUCCCUGGCGGCCCGUGUCAAAACUCUUCUGGAAGAUGAACGCCCCGUGAUGCACGCCAUUCAGAUACUACAGAGUGCUGAAGAAGAAGAAGCAAAAGCCCAUGCCUCAUUGAAACUGAAGCAGGCAGCUCAACCUGCAGACUCUGUGCCUGACCUAAAUGAGGAGGAUCGACGGAUGAUAGAACAAAUCAAGAGAGAGCAGUAUCUGAAUGCCAGGACAUCUGGAAUUCGUAAGGGUCAGCUGUGGAGAACUGGAAAAAUUUCUAGCCCUGAUCCUAUUUCAAAGCUCAACCCAGAACUCUCAAAACCUUCAAGUGGCAAUGAGCUACAAAAGGCCAUUCAUACACAGAAUUUCGAACCAGUUGAGGUACCAAAGGUAGUUCAGGCUAGACCAGUGUGUAGAACUGACUGUGCCCUUCAAAGUGAGCCAGAGACAAAGUCCAUAAACAGAAUACAAUUCCCUGCCUGUAACCAGCUUCAGACACAUACAGAUAAUUUCUUGGACUCCAAACAAAAUGUUCAUGUUCCCCUGGGUAGUGCCAAAGACAUAAAUCUGAUGGAGUUGGCUGGUGCCUCCAGAGCACUUGUAGGAGACAAAGUGAAAGCAUCAACCCAGUUGACAGUCAGCAACUCUUCCACUGAACCUGCCAAGCAAAUUACUUCUAUCACAUUUGCAUCCCGCAAGAGGUUAUAUUCUCCUGCUUCCUGCCCUGGCUUUCAUAAAGCCACUCCUGGUAAUUUAGUACCUUUGGAAAGGCAACCUUUUAACAAUGAACCGUUGAAACCUAGUAAGCCACAGCAAGAAAAUUUAAAACCCUGUGCUUUGGGAGACACAGCAGCUGUUCGUAUACUGGAUAGGAGUGUUGGGUUUUCCUCAGGCAGAGGCUCUGAUCAAGACAUGUCCUUAUUUGGCGUCAAAGAAGAAACUCAUCUAGAAAAGAACAUUGCAUUAGUAGAAAAAUCCCAAGCCGGUUGUAUUGAGCAAAAAGUCAACUUUACAGAGGACUACAAGGAAGCUCAACCUUCUCAAAUACUUACUGAGUUGAGAAGAUCUGACACACUUUUAGAUGAUGUUUGUGAUAACAAUUCUAACCCAAAAGGCAACAUGGCUGAUUUGUCCUUUUCCAUAAAUGUGUCUCAGCAGAAGACAGAUGAUGCUUGUCCCCAAGAUAAGUCUGCAGAUUGCAACGGAAGCUUUCCCCACACCCCUGAGCCUAAAGGCAAGGAGAUCAUGUUGGUAAAAGAGAGUAGUAAACUUACUUUUGAUUCACAUUUAGGUAGGGCUGGAGACAUAGAUGUAAGAAGCAGCAGUCUAUUACCACCUUCUCCAGAUAACAAAGCCACAGUCCUAGCAGGAUCUCCUUCGUCACCAACCAGGAAAGCACUGUCUGGUGUCCACAUUACUUUAUCUCCAAAGUGUAUUGAUUUGGAUCUUCCUGGUCAGUUGGACACUGGAACUGAAAUGAGACAAGUUGGUGAAGUUAAGAAUGCUUCAGCUUUAAAUGCUUCAGCUAUUUCAUCAGAAGCUACCUCCCAGUUAAAACCCAGUGAACCUUCCCCAAAGACUCAGGAGUUUUCAUAUUUUCCAACACCACUAGCAUCAGAGUCUCAGUUUAAGCAUCCUGAUGUUCCAGUUGUAGCAGAACAAGCCCCACAUCGACGUCAGGAACUGUUGGAAAGCAGGCAGAAUUUUCCAGUUCAAAGCAGUGGCAGAAAUCUGGGAACUGGUGGGCAGAGUCUGGAAGAGAGCUCAAAGAACACUGCUGCUUCUCAAACAGAAAGGAUGUCAUCAGAUGCUAUCACUCAGAUAACAACAGAAAGCCCUGAAAAGACCAUUUAUUCAGCAGAGAUAUUUGUCAGCACUGACAACAAUGAGACGGAUGCUCCAAGACCUCUUCCUCAGAAGAGACAUGAAAUCUUAAGCACCACAACUGCUGAUGUCAACCAGAGCUCAAUUUUCAGCAGACAGGCUGAUCCACCACUUUUGCUGCCUUAUAAACCACCAGGGAGCUCGGAGGUGUACUAUGUCCCCUGUUCGAAGGAAACUCUUGGACUUUCUCGGAUGAGGUCAGAGACUACUGUGGAGAGCUCCCACUCAGGAUCAAAUGACGCCAUCCCUCCCAAAUUCCCUGCACAGGUGCUUGGCUCAAGGGAUGAGAAUCCUCCAGAUACUGGAGCUAUCAAACACGGGGAGGGUAUCUAUAGUAAAAGGACUGUAGUAAAGGGUGCUUGGACUCAAGAAAAGGUGUCAUCGUGGGAAGGUUUCAAAGAAAGUGCUGAUAUCAAAAAAGCCCUUGAAUCUGUCAAAACGAUCCAUUCAGUCUUCAAGCCUGGUGAGUUUUACCUGCACCACCCAGUGCCUCUGCAGCAUGAAAUUGACUUUCUUCCUAGAAGUGAUUCCUUGAGGCAGUGUUCAGUACAGGAGCGUCCAGCCCCAUCUUCUAAAGACUUCUUCCAGCACAAGGAAAUGACAGAGAGAAGGCAGGUCCCUUCCUCUCUACCUCACCGGAAAAAAGAGGAGCGGUUUUCCCCACUGACUGCUGAACUAGACUACAGUUUUGUUGAGGGGUCAAGGUUCAGCAAGCCUUCUGAGACAGACUCACCAAGAAGAGAAUCAGGUCAACCUGACAGGAGGAAAACAGGUCAUGAAACGGCAAAAGAGCCGCUUUCACCAGGCACUCAAAGGACUGGCUUAAAAGAGAAGCAGGUGGCUGAUCACCCAGUGAUGCAGAGCACUUAUUUUACUGGCAGUUUGGAUGAACUGUGGACUAAAUACUUAGAGCGCCAGAAGCAGCCACUGCAACGUAUCGCUGAUAGCAGUGGCAGAAAUGAGCUGUCUCUGGUAGAGCGACUUGAUCGAUUAGCAAGACUCUUGCAAAACCCUGUUAGGCACUCACUAGUAGUGCCUUCCAAGGAUGAGCAGAGCAGUGUCCAAGAGGAGAUGAAGAGAAAAGAGCCAAAGAAGACAAAAUCCCAAGGAAGAGUGGCAUAUAGAAGUAACUUGGCAUCCCAUAGUAAGGUAAAAGAGAGCCCAGAAAUUGUCGGCAGUGCACAGUUAUCAAAAUCCAGGUUUCAUAAUAUUGGAGCUACCACAGCUGUUGACCUCAGGGAUAAAGAGAAGUGCCAGGACUUUGAGAGUCUGAGUGACGCCUCUUCAGAGAUGAGGCCUGUCAAAGACUCCAGUGUUUUAAGUGGCAACACCUCUGAAUCAGGGGUGACUCAGCUGGAGACAGAAAGUGCCAGUAGGACAGAAGCGAGUGGUUCUGUUUCCACCAUUGACACAGCCAGGUUGAUCAGGGCUUUUGGACAGGACCGAGUGCACAUCUCUCCCAAACUCUCUCAGUUGUACAGCAACAUCAGCCUUCAGAAGACUCGCUCUGAGAAGUGGACCAAGGGAAGCCGUAAAUCUAGGACCACAGAUCACCCAAAUAUGGCCCGUGCGGUGCCAGCAGGAAAGAACACGCAGGCAACAGACUCUUUCAUUUCAUCAGAUUCAGUUUCAACUGCCGGUGGUUCCCGAGGACCCAGCUCAGCUCUCAGUAGCAAGAGGAGCACACGGAUGUUAAACAAGGCCGUUCAGGCAGGAGACUUUGAGAUUGUCAACAGCGCAACCAAGAAGCAUACACGAGAUGUUGGGCAGACUUUCCCCACCCCGACAUCCAGCCAUGCGAGGAUACAGAGAGAUCAUGGAGGCGGAAUGGAAGAAGAGCUUUCCCAGACGGACGGAGGCAGUUCAGAGAGCAAGGGGAAACAGCGGAGGCAGCCGAGCAGCUUCCUGGCAGAAAAAGGACCAAGGAAGAGCAAGUCGCAGUAUCUGCAAGGAGUUUCCUGGUUUGUUCCCACAGAGGAUUUAAAGUCAGAUCCCAAGAGAGGAAAUGGAUCCAGCAAUGUUCCUGAACCGGGUCCUUCAUGGUUUGAACCUUUGCCAAGUGGGAAGCCCUGGCGAGAACCCCUCCGGGAGAAGAACUGGCAGGAGGAUCACAGUGGCCUCCAGGUGCGUCUGGCGGCUCCAGCGAGAGACAUAGAGAAUAACCCACCCUCACCUUUUGGGAAAAUUACACUCCAGGAGGCUCUCGCGUUGCGCCGUCCCGAUUUCAUUUCUAGCGCUGGGGAGCGUGUGAAACGCCUCAAGCUAAUCAUAGAAGAGAGAAGAUUGCAAAGUAUGCUCCAGGGCGAGAGGGAAGAAUUAUUUAAUCCUCCCGAACAGAGGAGAAGUUAUAGAAAUUCAGCUUUUCUGCCAAACAGAGACUACCGGACUAUACGGAGAAAAAGAGCAAUUUCCAAGAACGAAAUGGUACAGAGAUCGAAACGCAUGUACGAGCAGCUGCCUGAGGUGCGUAAAAGAAGAGAAGAGGAGAAAAGAAAAUCAGAAUAUUCUACCAAUCGUUUGAAAGCCCAGCUUUAUAAAACGGCGCUCUAAGUGACCUUUGACAGUCUCCUUAGGAAGGAGAACAUGAGCAAAUCCAACAUCGAUUGGCCAUUAGAAUUGAUGGGGUCAUUGACAGCUUAUGUGGUCUGUAUUACUUCUUUAAUUUAAAAAAGAGGCAGAAAAGGUUUUGUCCCAGAGUCACUCCAAAGUCAAAUUUGCAGUGUAUAACAGGAAGAGGGAAGACAGCUCUCGCUGCAUUUAAGGAGAGGAAAUGGACGAAAGUGAAAUAUGGUUGUGAGUUGGACUGUGGUCACAAGGUGGCACUGCUAUAAAUGGAAUGAAGCAGUUGACACAUUGCAGUCCUGUUAGAUAGGACCUUGAGUUUCUGAGCUUCUCCAGUGAAGCUGGUCUUUCUCUCCUGGUCUUGCAAAAGUUAGAACAGAUGCAGCUAACAUAUGCACAUCAUGUGAAAGUUAAAAAUAUUAUUAAAGUAGCAAUAGAAUUAAAAGUACAGCUGGCCCUCCUCAUUUGUGCCUUUGACU